AUGUCUUCCGACGUCGCGUCCAACGCCAUGUCCGCCAUCAUGUCGAAUCCUGUGUGGUAUUUGUGUGCUGUCUCUAUCAUCGCCUCCGUCAUCACAUUCUUUUGCGGACGCGCCUGUUGCGCGAAGCCUCAACAUCAACCACAACUGGUCCGCACCAGCCGCACCACUUGGGUUAACCCCAACUACCCACUUCGAGGAAAGCCUGUCGCACACGCGAAUGAAGAGACGUGUCGCAAUCAAAUGCGAUCGCUCAGAAGCGACCUGAUGUCGCGAGACCAGCAAAUCGAGGAUCUCCGGUGGCGCAUGCACGACCAGCAGAAGAAGCACGACUUUGCGCAACGACAUGGCCUUCAGGAGCUAUUGGCGCACAAGGAGCACGCGAACAAGAUGAUCGUGGAGAGACAGAAGCAAGCAGACUCGUUGAGAAAGGAGCGCGAUGCGUACUGCAAUGACUUGAAGUGGCAGAGACUCAACAUUUCCGACCUCGAGGUAGAGCUUUCGAAGUUGCGGCGAGGCCAUUUGCACCAGCAGCUCACCCGAGAGCGCGAUACAGCCAUGCGAGAGGCGAAAAGCGCGAAGAUCUCCGAAGAUGUGGCCAAGACGAAGCUUGCGCAAGUCUUGAAGACGGCACAGUCGUCGGAGGAGAUUGUGGAGAAGGCGCAGAAGAAGGUGGAAGAAGCAGAGUCGGCCAAGGCCACUGUUGAGGAGAAGAAUGUGUCUCUGGAGCGCGAGCUGAAGACGAAGGAAGAAGAUCAAGCGCGUCUGAAUGCUGCAGAGGAGAAGAUCAAGCAGCUCGAGAAGAGACUGCAGCAAGCGGAUCAGGAGAAAGGGAAGCAGGUACGACGAGCAGAGAUGGCCGAGGAGAGAGCGGAAGCAGCGGAGAAGACGCAAAACGACCUUGCGGCGAAGAAUGACACCCUCCAAUGCAACAUCAAGGCUCUCGAGGUGGAGAAGAACGAGCUUGGAGCCAGCGGCCUUCGGGAGCUGCAGGCCAAGUGUGAUCGCCUCGAGAAGCAGAACGGAGAGUCGACAGCUACAAUGGCGCGCGCGUCUGAGGAGAAUGAGAAGUUGAAGAGAGAUAUCACGGCCGCGUCUGGAAAGAACGAGGAGCUGCAGAAGAUGCUUGACGACGCGUCGAAGAGGAAUGAGGAGCUCGCUACUUGGAGCACCGGCCGCGAGAACCAAUUCGUGGAGCUAGAUGCCGAGAAGACGAAUCUCAUCGAUCGCGUUAAGCAGCUGCAAGCGGAAAAGGCCAGCCUCAUGCAGCAAGCUCAGUAUCCCCAGGCCAGCAAGGCCGACUACGACUGCGUGCAGCAAGACAAUGGCCUGCUCAAUCAGCAAAUCGAGGUGAUGGAGCAGUACCACAACGACGUGGGAGGACUGAAGCGCCAGAUCGAAAACCUGAACGCAAACAACGAGCAGCUCACCCACAAUCUCGACCAGCGCGCUCAGGAUUUGCAGAAGCAGGAGCAACAGGUCGCAGUACUACAGAGCAAGCUCACAGAUACCCUAGCUGCGAGGAAUCGCUUCAUCCGCGAAAAGAAGGCCGACAAAGAGGCACUCGACAAGGCACAGGACGCUUUGGAGGAGAGCGAGACGAAGGCUCAUCGCCGAGGGAACGCUGCCACUAAGCUUCGGGAGUUGAAGCAGCAUUUGAUGGAUGAGAACGCCAAGUUGAAGGGUGAGAACGCCGAGUUGAAGGAAGAGAACGCCUAUUUGAAUAAUAAAAUCGACGAGCACGAGUGCGGGGACCCCCUGGAUUGGUACAAGCCACAGUAUCCCAACGACCCGAAGUUUGCACAGAAUGCGGACUCAUCACGGCAAUACGACGCAUUCGGCUGCGAUCAGGAACCCCCGUCCAAGUAUCCUGACCUACUUGACGGCUCUCAGCCUCAGGGCGAGGCUCCAUACUACAACAACCAGGACCAGAGUCAGAGCUCCCAAUUACCUCCACCACAGGACCCCUUCCAGGCCAACUCCCAAUACUACCAGCCCGACCACACUGCAUCAUCCGCCGGAGGCAGCCACUCAAGCCUGCCCCACGAUCUCGACGCCAUCGCUAGCUUCAACGCUUUAGCUUCCCAGCAACCAGCCAACCGAAACAUCUCCCAAGCUCCUGGUCAAGCACCAUACAACGGGAAAGGCCCAGACGAGUUCUCCAACGUGACAGAGUACCUGGGCGCAGAUACAGAGCAAGAGAAGCGGCUGUACGGUUCUGUGCGGACUCCGAGUCAGCAGACGUGCAACGUCGAUCCCAGCUUGCAGCAGGGAGGUGGUUCGCAGCCUCACAAUCCUCCUCAACAACCUACACCAAACACCACCAAUAUCCCAGGCCUGAACCCCAUUCCAGGCCAAGGACCAAACCUCCAACCUCCACCAUUCUCCGGAGUCAUCGACCCGCAACUGACUGCUGGAGAACUGGACUUCUCCGGGGAUUUCUUUCCGGAUAGAUGA